ACAUCCCUGCCAGGCAUGAAGUUUGGGAAGGAUUUUGUUAGAGGUAUAGAUAAGUAUUUAACUUCAUGGAAGAGUGUUGAUGAUCCAUCUAUAGGCGAGUAUACAAAUCGAUUCGAUUAUAAUGGUUACCCUCAAGUUUUUUUGAGAAAAGGUUCUGAAGUGAAGCAUAGGUCCGGGCCUUGGAAUGGGUUGAGGUUUAGUGGAAUGCCAAAUUUGAAACCGAAUGAUAUUUAUACAUUCGGGUUUGAGUUUAAUGAAAAGGAAAUUUAUUAUAAAUAUGAGCUUUUUAAUAAAUCUGUUGUGUCUAGGAUGAUUUUAACUCCAGCUGGCUUGAUACAACGGCUUAUAUGGGUUGAGCGGACUAAAGAAUGGGUGGUUUAUGUGACUGGGCAGAUGGAUGAUUGUGACCGUUAUGGAUUAUGUGGUCCGAAUGGCAUUUGUAACAUUAAUAAUUCCCCUGCUUGUGGGUGUUGGAAUGGGUUUGAGCCAAAGUUUUCAGAAGAGUGGGGAAGGGCAGAUUGGUCAAACGGGUGCACGAGGAGAGUUGAGCUGAACUGUUCGCGCGGAGAUGGAUUUGUGAAGCAUUCUAAUGUGAAGUUGCCAGAUACGCGAAAGACUUGGUUUAACGUGAGCAUGAAUCUUGAAGAAUGCGAGAAAGAAUGUCGGAAGAGCUGUAAUUGUACAGCUUAUGCAAAUUUAGAUGUUAUGACUGGAACUGGAUGCUUGAUUUGGUCAGAGGAUCUGGUUGAUAUCAGAACUUAUGCUGAAAACGGGCAAGAUAUUUAUGUACGAAUGGCUGCUGCAGAGUUAUGUAAGUCACAAUUUCAUCCUAUCUCGUCAACAUGGCAAAAUGGGUGGGAGGCAGACUGGGAGCUGCCAUUGUUUGACUUCAACACAUUAGCCAAUGCAACAAACAACUUUUCACAUAGCUGUAAGCUUGGAGAAGGUGGUUAUGGGGCUGUCUACAAGGGAAUGUUGGAGGACGGGAAAGAAAUAGCCGUGAAGAGACACUCAAGAGAAUCAAAUCAAGGACUAGAUGAGUUCAUGAAUGAAGUUCAAUGUAUCGCUAAACUUCAGCACCGAAAUCUUGUGAAGCUUUUAGGAUGCUGCAUUGAGGAAGGAGAAAGAAUGUUAAUCUACGAAUACAUGCCCAAUCUAAGCUUGAAUUAUUUUAUUUUUGAUGAAGGAAAAAGAAAGUCACUAGACUGGUCAAACCGUUACAGCAUUAUCAUUGGAAUUGCAAGGGGGCUUCUCUAUCUCCAUCAGGACUCCAGACUAAGAAUCAUUCAUAGAGAUCUAAAAGCUAGCAACAUAUUACUAGAUAAAGAUAUGAAUCCGAGAAUAUCAGAUUUCGGUUUGGCAAGAAGCAUGGAAGGAAGUAUCACUAAGGGAAAUACAAGAAGAGUAAUGGGAACCUACGGCUACAUGGCACCCGAGUAUACAAUUGAUGGAAUAUACUCCAUCAAAUCUGAUGUAUUCAGCUUUGGAGUAUUGGUGCUAGAGAUAGUAAGUGGAAAGAAAAAUCGAGGCUUCCAUCAUACUGAUCACGAUCUCAAUCUUCUUGGACAUGCCUGGAGGUUGUAUCAGGAAGGGAAGCAAUUGGAACUUAUAGAUGGCACUAUCAAGGACUCCUAUGUACAGUCGCAAGUGAAUCGAGCAAUUCAUAUUGGUUUACUAUGUGUGCAAAAGUAUCCUGAAGUCAGGCCAGACAUGCCGAUGGUGGUUCUUAUGCUAGCUAGUGAAAUUCCAUUGCCGGAACCUGUAGAACCCGGUUUUUUCACAGAAAGGAAACCACAUGAAGGAAAAUCUCCAUCCACUAAUCAGAGCUCAUACAACCACAUAAGUAUCACAUAUGUUCAACCUAGAUAGUAUUUGCCCUUUGUUUAUAUCUAAGUAUUUGUAUAUAAUGUUUAUACAAACCAUUUACAUAAUGCAAAUGUUAGAAAUUGCUGCCUACUUUAUGUUGCAUUUCUAGUACCAUACAUAUCUUUGCAUACGAAUACUAACUAAUAGU